UUCUUUUGAAAUUGCACCAACACUCUUGCUCCCAUCAAAGGGUAUAAAUAGGCCUUCUAUCCAGGCAACCGUCUAUCGCUCGGUCAUAAAUGACGUAAUUGAAAACGUGAAAAAAGAUUUUGAAGAUUCCGGAGUUGACGAGUCAGUUUUACAUAUGUUACACCGC